GCUUCCCAUCGCCGUCGCCUCGCCCUUGCUAAUGGAUCGCUUACUUAUUUCCAUUGUUUACCCUACUCAUUUUUAGAAUUAAACAAUUUUUUUUUUAGUUUUAGCUACCUUUUUACUAUUAUUUCCUUUAUGUGUUGAUUUUAAUACGCCAUUAAUAAAAAUUUGUGAAUUCAAAUUUACGAUUUUUGUAAGUUUACCAGUCAUUAGAAUGGCUCCUAGAAAGAGAGAAAAGGAGAUUGACAAAACCAGAAUGGAUCAUGCACAGGCUGAUCAUGAAUUAUUUCUUCAAGCUUUUGAAAAACCAACUCAAAUUUACAAAUACUUAAGAAAUCGUAGUUUAUUUUCUCCAUUAUUUCUUGUUAGAACAUUGAGUUAUAUGAGAGCAAAUCGUCCCAAGCCGAAACGUCCAAAAAAGAAAAUUGAUAUUGAUUCUUUAUUAAUGAAUGUAGUAGAAAAAAAAUUAAAUGAAAAAAAAUCUUGCAAUAAGCGAUAUUUGACAAUAACGUACAUUGGAUAUUUUGAUGACAAAAUUAAAAAUGGAAACGAACCAGUUAAAAUCGAAACUAGUCUCAUCAAAAUAAGCCAUAAAAAGCGAAAAGAUGGUUGUCCCUGGACAAUUACAUCAUAUGGACUAUCUUCAGUACCCGCAAAUCCUAUUAAUUGUAAUCAACUGCCUUCUCAUGCGUCAAUAAUUUCAAUUCCUAUUGAAUCAUUUGCCACUAUGAAUGGUCAUGUGACUAAAUCUCACCAUUUAUUAUUAAGAAUCAUGAAUGUGACAUCUAAUUCAGAUUCGGAAAAUACAGAACCCAGCCAAAAAAAACGUAGGAUGAGUAUUAAGGAAGGCAAUGGUGUCAGUAAAAAAGAAUUUGGUGCAAAUUUAGUAAUACAUGAUAAACAAAAUCGUUGUUUGCUUAAAGAUGGGGAUUAUGAUUGUAUUGUAGAAGAAUUAAAUGCAAACCCUAUAUCAAGCAUUGGCAAAUCAGCAUCAUGGGAACGUCUAAAAGAAGUAAAAGCUGGACCUCAAUUUGGUACUUUUGAAAAUAGGAGUAAAAUAAAACUUCGUCUUAAAUGGUCAACAGAGCUAACUAAUUCUUCUACAACAGAAUGCCUUCUUGUUGAUAAUAAAGAAAAUAGUUGGCCAACAUCAAAUUCUAGAAGAAACAGUGUACAUAAUGCCAAUAGUUCAGUUGAAAAUUCUUCAUCUAAUAAAUUGAAAAUUGUUUAUCAAUUUUUGUAUAACAACAAUAGUCGUCAACAAACUGAAGCCAGUGAAGAUUUGCAUUGUCCAUGGUGUACAUUGGAUUGUUUUACGUUAUACGCUUUAUUGAAACAUUUAAAACUGUGCCAUGCUCGCUUUACAUUUUCAUAUGUUCCAACAGGAUGUGGAGCACGUAUUGAUGUUGCAAUUAAUGAGCACUAUGACGGUUGUUAUAUUGGUAGUCCUCAAGACUUAAUUGCUCAACCACAAAGAGAUGAUUCAAAAAAUGUUGGUUAUCGUAUUACUAGAGUUGGUCCUGUAAGGCGUGCAGUUGUCUCAAAAAUUGUUGUUUGUCAUCCUAAACGACUUCGACGUGCAUCAUUAUCUGAAUUUUUACAUGAAUUAGAGGAUACUGAUGGUUAUGAUGGCCAAAGACCUUAUGUAACUGGUCAUAAUAGACUGUAUCAUCAUACAUCAACAUGUCUUCCUAUUUAUCCUCGUGAAAUGGAUGUAGAUAGUGAAGAUGAAAGUGAUCCAAUAUGGUUAAGAAAAAAGACUGCUAUGAUGAUAGAUGAAUUUACUGAUGUCAAUGAUGGCGAAAAAGAAAUAAUGAAAAUGUGGAAUUUACAUGUAAUGAAAGAAGGAUUUGUUGGAGAUUGUCAAAUACCAUUAGCUUUAAAUAUGUUUGUUGAAGCAAAAGGCAGAGAUAUUCUUAGAAAAAAUUUAUAUAGGAAUUUUAUGUUGCAUUUAUGUAAUUUAUGUGAUUUGCGCUUGAUAAGUCCAGUUACAUUCUACACAACUAUUCAAAAAUUACAAGAUAUAAUUGCAGUUGAUUCAGAAGCCAGUAAUGUUUUAUAUGAAUCAUUUGAAGCUCAGAGAAAGUAUUGGCGUGAAGAAGGAGCAAAAAGAGCAGAAGAUCGAACAGAAAUAAGAUGUUUAGUUCAAAGCCCAUUACAAUCAGAUAUUGGUACUAGGCGGAAACCAGCUGGAUCUUUUUACCCAUUAAAACUCCAAGAUAAACUUAAAGGAAAAGUAAUUAAACAGCAUAAUAAUCGUAAAAAUAGUUCAGCACGUCAAAAUCCCCCAGCUACAAAAAAUGCUAAUGUUGUUGAAGAAAAGAAAUCUGAAAAAAAAAGUGAUAAAAAAGGAGGUUCUACUACUAGGUCUCAAUCAGCUGUUAGACCAGAAAAAACAGAUAAGCUUGUAGAAAAACGUAAUAGCACAUCUUUAAAUGGUGAUGAUCACAAAAUAUCUGCAACUUUAACUGUAAGACGUAGAACUUUUCCUUCAUUGACUGAUAAGAAAAAACCAGUUCCUGAAAAAAUAACAACCAAUACGUCUGAAUCAUUAAGGCGAAAGUAGAUAGAAUCAAAAAAUUUAAAUUGGGGAAGCAUACUAUCUCCCAUUAAAUCAAUUUGAAUGUGAAAUAAUUGCAUUUUUUAAACAAUAUUCUAUAAAUAUAAUGUAAUAAUAUUGUAGAGGUAUUUUAAGUAUUCACUGGAUUAGUCAUUAUGUUUUUUUUUCAUUUUUAGUUUUUUCGACUGAAAGUAUAUAAUUGUUUUAGUAAAAAAUUUAAAAAAAGUGUAUUUAAUAACCAUUUAAAGUAAUUAAUUUUAAAACAUUACUUUAACUUGAAUUUUUUUUUUAAUAAUUGUUAACUUUUAACAUGAGUUAUUAUAAAUUUGUUACAAAAGUAUUCAUUUGAAACAAGCUGUGUAGUAAAUUUACUUUUAAAAUUUCAUAUUUAAGAUUGGUUCAUUACAUUUUGAUUAUUUCAUAAACAAUGUAUAUUUAAUUAGUAAAGAACUGAUAUUAAAAUUUUUUUAGUAAUUUUAAUAUUUCUUAUUCACUGCCUUUAGUUUACUGCCUUAAAUUAUUAUUAA